AUGCCUCCCCACCGCAAGCCCCGCCGUUUCCUCCCCACCGCCGCCUUCUACGACAAAGCGGGCGCGAUCGGCUCCCCGCUGCCCUCGCCGACCGGCUCGAGCUUCGGCGACGACGCGUACACGCUCACCGGCUACGGCGAGCUCUCGUCCGAGAGUGCGUUCAUGCUCCCGCCCUCGCCGACGCAGACGAUCAAAUACCGCUACCGCGCAUACCGCCCGAAGCUCGCGCGCCUCCGCAAGCAGCGCUCGAGCGCGAGCAAGAGCUCGCUCAAGACCAAGUCGAGCGCGUACCACCCCUCCGUACGUCCCCCUUUUCUGUUCUUCUCCCGAGCCGCUGUGGCUAGAGGAAGACGUGCCACUCACGAUCGGGAGCAGGACUAUGCGUCGAUCUUGAACGCGUACCUGUCGGGUACCCCUGGGCAGUCGCCGAAGCGCGACUUCCGCGCGCUCCUGCAGAAGUGCCGCGAAACCGCGGCGGAGGCGCGCCAGGGCGAGCGCGGCGGCGACGCGUAUGUCACGCCGUCCAGGAAGGCCUACACCGACAACCGGUCGGGGCUCGGCGGCAUGUCGACGCGACGGGCAGUCGCUGGCUCCCCGCUCGCUAACCGGUGA